CGAGGGGCUACCAGACUUUGGCGACUGCACUCCCUUUGCGAGCGGGCGGCUCGACAAAACACCAAGCCGGCGAAACACGCGAUAUCCCUAUCCCACAGGGAGCUAAUAUCUACGGAGCACCGUAUGUCGACUCGACCCGCAGACACCACGCAUGGCAAGAGGUCAUCUGAAGUCUGAAACUGUUUGCUUUAGGCGUGGGUUCUAUAUCCAUCCUGAACCUAAAGCAGUGGAUCGCCCAGGCCUUGAUCUCCGCGAGCUCACCUGCACAGUCGUGCGUGCAUCACCCGGGAGCCACUAUUCCAAUCUGGCGGGUUCAUCUGAGCCAGCGGGUGCCCUGCCAGCAUGCCUGCCAGCCCAGCCCAGCCCUGCCCUGCCCUGCCCUGCCCUGGACAGACAGCGCCUCUCUCUUUGCUUGGUGUGCGCUGGCGAGGUGGGCGACGUGGGCGACGUGGGCGGAGCAGGGGGAGGAGGAGCCCAGAUCUCUCAUCCCAAUGCCUCCGAGGACCCACGCCAAUUCUCCAUUCCCCAUACUAUAGUCUGUCUACCUGCCCCAAACCCCGGUACCGAGUCCCUCGUCCUCACCUCGUGCUGCCAGCCCGCCUGGCCCACCUUGCAUGCCCGCCGCCCGCGCUGACUAGGGAAUAUUACACAGCGAGCUGUUGGUGGCGCUGGGACUUGGCGGCAUGGUGAUUGUUCCCAUAUCGGUCAGGCUCGUCGACCAUCAUCCCCAGCCCCAGCCCCUUGCUACCUGGCAUAUGCCGUGCCAGCAGCGUCGAGCGCGGCCGACAAUCAGCACGACGUCAGCGCCAGCACUUGGCGGCAGCUUGUCAUGUACACUAGGAGAACUAGGAGACCCAGGAGAUCCAGGAGAUCCGUAAACAAAAAUGUUUAUCUGCUGGAUGCGAAAUGUGGUCCGAUUCCAAGCCGGAUACGGUGUCGAGUGACGGUCUCUCAUGUGGGCGCCGGGGGCUGCCAAGCACUCAGCCUGUGUCGUCUCCCUCAGGGCCGACUCCCUCCAGGCCUCUCCCCCAGUCUGUUGCAAUUGAGCCCUCGGAACCGCCACUCCACAGACACUCCCCAGUACCGAGUCGAGGACCACUUCUCCCAUGCCUCCCAUGCCUCCCAUGCCCUCCCACUCCCUCCCACACACCCACCCCCCUCCCAUCUCUCGGCCUCUAUAAAGAAUAAUAAGAUUCCCGAUCCUCAAUGCCAAUAUGGGCCCAUCUCCUUCCUUCAUCUCAAGCAUCCAACCUGCCGGGAACCGACAGCCAGCCAAUCACUCUCACUUACACCGAGUCUCUCUCUUUUAAGCCAUUCAUGCUUACAUCGUGAAAACAACAAAAAAGGAUUCCUUGUUGUUGCUACGCCCACUCCCUGUCGCCAAAAUAUACUGUGUGCCGUCUCGACUUAUAACCACUUAUUACCUACCCAAUGGCUAUGCUACGCACUGCGCUUGUUGCGGCCUUUGCCGCAACUGAGGUUGCUGCAUCUUGCGCCUAUGGCACUCACCUGAUGCCUCGUGCCGAGGAUGGAAAAGUCCCUAUCAAUACUUUUGGGUACAGCGGUACUAUUGGUCCGGCAAGCUGGCACUUGUUGAACACUACUACCAACGGCGCCUGCGCAACUGGGACAAACCAGUCCCCCAUCGACAUGAGGGCGGGUACCUUUACCGAGGUGGCUGGCUCUGACCUCGCCGUCACCAUCCCGGACUUCCCUGCCGGUGCUACCUUCGAGAACCUGGGCACCACCGUCGAGGUUGUUGGCGAGGGCGGCAGCAUGACCCUGGCCAGCAGGAACCAGACCUUCGAGUUCCAGCAGUUCCACUUCCACCUGCCGAGUGAGCAUCUCGACAAUGGUACCAGCAUGGCCAUGGAGAUGCACAUGGUCUUCCAAAGCGCCGACGCCCAGAUCGCCGUCAUGGGUGUCUACCUCGACAUCAACAAUGCUGCCGCUGCCGCCGUUGCCGCCCCCGCACCAGGUGCGAAGAAGACAAAGCGUCAAGCCGGUAAGAAUACCAAGCACACCCAAGCCCGCAGUGAGAAGAGGAGUGGCAAGAAGUGUACUGGUGGGCGCGCGUCAUCAUCAUCACCAUCCCAGACCGUUGAAGUGAUCGAUGUGGAUGCUGAACCUCAAGCCAAUCCAGCCCAAGUCGCAUCCGAGAUGAUAGAGACCGUCCUCGGGGCCGUCGGUGAGAUCUCAAACCCCGGAACCGCCACCAAGACGCCGGCUUUCGCCAUGUCCGGCCUCGUUGCCAUGCUCUCCGGUACCACCUUCCAGAGCUACUCCGGGUCCCUGACCACUCCCCCAUGCUCCGAGGGCGUCAACUGGUUCGUCGCUACUGAGCCGCUGUCCGUCACCCUCGACACCUACAAGGCUGCCCGCAGCGUCAUUGGCCACAAUGCCCGCUUUGCUCAGAACGCUCCCGGUGAGGAGAACGUCCUGUCCCUGUCCGCCGCCGGCAUGAGCUCCCUGGGCGGUGCUGGUGCUGCAGCCCCUGCUGCGAAACACUGAUGUGGUGACGCAUUGGCGUUGGACAACAAUGAGGCGGGGUUGGUCGGAAUAGACGAUGACACGAUUGUGAGCCUUUGCAUAUUAUUGAGGAUAGAUACAGCGAGAUGGGGCCGAUCAUCGGGGACGAUUGCAUCGCUGUUCCAUGUAAUUGACGUUGACGUUAAGACUACUUGAUGUAGAUUUCGAUUCGGUUGGCUGGAUGAAUAUACAAUAUUACCAACUA